AAUUCUAAUGUUAUUGUCUCUAUGAAAUGUUAUAUAUGCAAAAAGUUUGAAAAUUCAAAACAAUAUAUUAUCUUGCCUAACCGCAAGACUAAUAUAAAAGUAACAUAUUAAUCGUGACAUUACUUUUGAGUUAUAUAACUGUGACAACCUUUAUUGUCAACAAUAUUCUUGGCUUUCUCUCUCUCUAUAGAAGUAUAUCGUCAAGUCAAGCUCGACUAGGAUAUUCCUUAUGUAGUUUUACCGUUAUACCUAGUAAUUUCUCUGUAGAUUUUGUUUAAAUCCUUUCGUUGGAUCUACAUUGAUACAUUGCAAAUUCAAACAAUAGUAGCAUAUCUCUUAAUCAGAUAUGGACGAAGUAGAUUUACCAAUGAUAUUAUUUUAUGCAAUAUUACAUAUAAUAAUAAUGUUAUACGGAUAUUCAAUAAAGGUUAAACUAAUUUUAGUACUAUUAACCUCGAUACAACUAAGUAUGCUAAAUUACGAAAUUAUUGGAGCUAGAACAAAGUUUAUGCAAAUAUUUUAUGUAUCUCGUAUGGUUUUAUCAUUAAUAACUUUGAAUCUAUGUUGGGUCAAAAUAGAAUGGUCCCCUAAUGCAAUACUAGAAUAUAUGAUAAUAAACAAGCAUAUGAGCUUUUAUAAUAUAUUUUUAAUAUUUACUCAAAUCUUCGGCGAUUAUCUUGCAUUCAUAUUUGUGCCUAUAAUGUGGUCCUAUUUUGGAUACAAACAAUCAUUAAGUUGCUCUACAAUGUUUCAUAAAAGUCAUUGGAUGGACGCAUUUGUUUUGGAAUGCUUAUUGACUAUAAUUCAUAGACUAUCAAUUUAUUAUGUAGUAAAUUUCAGCGAACGUCUAUCUAAGAUUUGGUUUACAAUUAUAUCAAGUAUUUUGCUGAUACUUUCUAUAUUUAUAGGAUAUUUUUUGGUCGGCAGUUUCCACAAUCCAGCGUUAGGAGCUUCUCUCAGAUUCAGUUGUUCAGGACUUCGUGACUAUCACAGUCUAGUUCAUUGGGCUGCCCUGUUUUGCGGAUCUCUUUGUGCCUUGGUUAUAUUGCGUUUAUGCAAUCAAUUGGCAUACUACAUAGCAUCUAGAUUAGAUACCAGAAAUACCAGAAAUUACAUUGUAUUUAAGGAUAUCAGAUAUGAGGGAAGUCAACAAAUAAUAAUUCGUAAAUGCAGUAUAGAUUUGAACGUGUAGAUUCCCAAUGGAAUAAUGUUCUUUUAGACAGCAUAGAUGGUAGUAAUUCAAUUUUGGAAUAAUGUACUAUAUUAAAAGGAACAAGAAUGCAAUUAACAAUAUAAAAUAUUUGAUAAUGUAUGCAAAAAUAUAUAAUAUUUAUAUAAAUAUUAUAAAUAAUUAUAUAAAUGGGUUUAUUAUAAAUAAUUUUAAGUGCUUGCAAUCUAGAUUAAAUGGGAGAAAUAAAUGAUCAAUUGUUUAUUAUUGUUAAAAGAAAAUGUCCUCGUACAAUCAUUAGUAUAAUUGUAGAAAGUUAGUUUUACUCACAUCUGAAAUAUAUUUUAAUAUAUUAUAUGUUUUAUAUAAAAAUGUAUACUUUAACAUAUUUGUUACUGCGAUUUAUUUAAAUAACUCUCUCCACAGACCAUUUCAUAUUUUCUUUUUUAUAUAAUUAUGUAAAACAGAUUUUGUUUGAUAAUAUGAACGUAGAGAGAUAAAUUAUUAUUGUCAUAUAUAUGUAAUAACGGUAAAAAACGUUGUCACACAUAUUUU